UUAAAUAAUAAAAAGAGAGCGAGUAGUGAGCGAGUUAGCCAGCGUUACAGUCAAAAAUAACAUUAACAGAGCGAGUCUGGGAUCAGAAAUUGAUUCAGGAACGGCGCUAAACCUUCAGUACAGAUGUCUAUUCAUUAGUUAACAACGCGGUUAAAUAAACAACGCGAAGAUGAAACUAAGGUCGCGGAUUAUUUCUCUGGACAGCCCGUCGAAUCAACCGAGGACUCCGUGUCGCCGCCGGGCGGAUUUGAAUCGAGUUCCGCGGAUCGAGCAAAGCCGCCCUGAGGAGGUGCAUGAGGUUUUACAGGACUGCUCAAACUUGUAUUGCGAUGCUGUCCCAACUGCAGCAAAGCGUCCACGCUUAAAACGCGGGAGGCCAAGGGCUAUACCUGUUGAGUGUAAAGAGUCUGAUUUCAAGACACCAGUCCGCCAUCGCAGAGAGAGACAUCCCGCAUCCGUCAAUCGUGCAGCACGCAGUCUCUACUCUCCCAUAGUGCGUUUCCUCACUCCCACCAAAGACCAUGAAAGGUCCAGCGGUCGCUCUGUGUUCAGCCCUGAACAGUGUGUGUUUGGCUACAGCUCCACUGGCCCUCUCUCUGAAGAUGAGGAAAAUGAUGAAGUGUUUAGCCCAUUUACAUUCAUCAAAAACAUUCCAAAUCAGUCUCAGCAGUCUAGGUCAGUCUCUGCUCUCCGUGACAUACCACCAAAGACAAGGAGCACACCUGCAGCCACUAUGGUUCUUGACUUGGAUGAAACACUAGUGUUCAGCUCACUCAAUAUGAUUGAGGAUGCUGAGCACACAUUUAACACGUGCUUCCAAGACCAAGAGUACAAGGUGUAUGUGGUUCUCAGACCAUAUGUGACAGAGUUUCUACAAGCAAUGGCAAAGCACUUUGAGAUGUUUAUUUACACCUCUGCUAAAAGGGAAUAUGCAGAAAUGAUUGUGGACAUAUUGGACCCAAAGAAAAAACUGUUCAGGCACCGUUUGUAUCAGGAUGACUGUGCAUGUGUCCUUGGACACUAUAUUAAGGACCUAGGAGUGCUGGAAAGAGAUCUUUCAAAAACUGUUAUUCUGGACAACGCGCCUCACACGUUCCCAUACCAUCUGAUGAACAUGAUUCCCAUAAAAAGCUGGAGUGGAGACAAGGAUGACAAGGAGCUCCACAGACUCAUCCCUUACCUGGAGAAACUAGUCCAAGCAGACGACUUCCGGGCUGUUUUGAAGAGAAGGACGGAUCAUUUUCAUCGACUGCUAACUGAGGAUUAAAGCCCUUUUUGUGUGUUCUCUUUUGUUGUUGUUUUAUUUUCUUUUUCCUGUAAACAAUAGUGCCGUCCUUUUGAUAGAUGUACAUAAUAUUGUCAUCUUUUUUUAAUGGAUGUACCCAUUUUAAUUAAUUCCUCAGUUUUGCCAGAAGACUGAAGUGUUUAGAUUUUUUUAAACUAUAAUUUUAACUGUACAUGCUAAAGGGGGAAUUAUGUUGACUUUCAUUUUAAACGUUAACUCAAUGUCAUUAUUUGAAACCUCAGCAGUUAGCUACUGGUAGCUGUUAAAAUCACAGGACACUAAUGGUGCAUCCUUGAUAAAUGAAGCCACAACAGGUCUGUUUGAUUUUUGCAGCUUUUAAGGUAUAUUAAACAUUCAAUACAAUUUUAUUUUUCUGUUUUCCAAUAGUGGACUGCAAUAGCCAAAUUUGAAGGCUGAAGAUAUAUUUUUUCAAGACGAAAAGAACUUUUAGAAUUCUAGAGAAAAAAAUAAUUGUUAAUUAUCCGUGUUACCUUGAACGAACCUUAUUUAGGUUGUAUGCUUUAAUUGAACACAUUAGGUGCAAUUUAUUUUAAAAUCCUUACUUACUGUCUCACGUUGCUGUCUAUUUAUUACCCUCGCUGCUUUUACAUGACACUUUAAAUAUGUACAUUAUGUUCAGAUACUUACCUUUUGAAAUGCCUUCCUCAAAUUUGCCACUCAAAUUUUACAGUGAAAAUAAAAUAUUUUUU